AUGAGGAACUUUGUGAGUCACAAGCAGGCCUGCCAGCUGCUCCACAACAAAUUUGUGGUGGUGUUGGUAAGUUCUAAUCAGCGAGCAAUAUAUAAGGAUCUUGUUCUGCUGCUGCAAAAGGACAAGUUUCUCACCCUAAAACAACUACAAACCAAGGGGGAGAUGAACUUCGAGCAGGACUGCCUGGUGGAGGGAGGCUGUCUGAGCAAGCUGCACAAUGGGAUAUCAUACAGAGAAGUCAGGCAGUUUCAGUCUGACCACCACCUUGUGCGCUUCUACUUUCUGACGCGCAUCUACUCGCAGUAUAUGGAAAGUGUCCUGGAGGACUUCCGGCAGGGUUUGAAACCAGACGUGGUCGUCAUCAACUCCUGCCUUUGGGAUAUUUCAAGGUACUCCCGCAAUUGGACUGGUGAUUACAAGGAGAGCCUUCACAGAUGCUUUGAGGAGCUUAAAGCGAUUCUGCCGGAGGAAACGCUGGUCAUCUGGAACCUCACCAUGCCUUUAGGAGAGAAGAUCAAAGGAGGGUUCCUGGUGCCCGAGAUUCAGCACAUGGCUUCGCAACUGCGUUUUGAUGUGAUCGAAGCCAACUUCUUCAGCGGGACGCUGGCCGACGCGUAUAAUCUGGAUGUGGUGGACCUCCACUUCCAUUUCCGCUUCUCCCUGCACCGUCGGACCAACGACGGCGUGCACUGGGACAACGUGGCCCUCCGCAGGAUAACAUCCGUGCUGCUGCGGCACGCCGCAGACGCCUGGGGCGUGGCGCUGACGAGUCCACCGGAUGCUAGCGAGCACAGUGUGGCAGAGAUCAAGCUCUCGGCCAAUAUCAACAAAAAUGGUGCUCCAAAAUACCAAGCACCACAACCUUACUCCCCCAUGUACGGACGCAUCCCCCUCCCUCCACCACCCUCGUCAUCUUUCAGGUUUCCGUAUGAGAACAGGCCUGUUCGAGAUGACUUUGCCUCCAGGCCGCACGGGGACCUGGGGCCGUACAGGCAGUCCGUGUUGAGGAACCAGUGCACCACCAGGCAGCACUACGCCCCGUACCCCCUCGGCAGAUGUAACAGAUACAACUACUGA